CCUCCACUUUCACCUAUAAAUACCCUCUCUCACCCUCUAUCCAACCCUUCCUUCGUUUGUUUCAUUGGCGGCCUCUACUGCUAAGAUCUAAUCGUUGAAGUCUGCUCCCGCCAUCCUGAUUGAAUAUAAACCAGCCUAGAGUUUACCUUAGAUAAACCAGCUUGAUUUCUGAAUUGGGGAUUUAGAAUUUUACAAAUAAUUUUCCAUGUUUCCUAUAUGAAAUCUUUUCGAAUGCGUCGAAUCCGUGUCCUCCACUCUUUCUCUGUUGUCUUUCUUUACUGGUUCUAUGUGUUUUCAUGAACUGCCCCCUCAUUAGUGUUCCUGCCUUCCAUUCUGCUAUCUGCAAAAUCCUAAUUUCCAUUCUCAAACUUAUUGGUUAGACUUCUGAGCCAGGCUUCAUAAUUUCUCUCAAACCUUUAAUCACUCCUGUUUUGAAAUAAAAUUUGUCUUGAUUUGGGACUACACAAGAGACAAAGGAAUGUCUUCUGUGCAACAGCCAGCGAGUUCAGGUUCAUCCUCUGAUCUGGAUCAGCGAUAUGCAAUGUAUGAUGAAAAGAAAAGGAAGAGGAUGAUAUCAAACCGUGAAUCUGCCAGGAGGUCACGGAUGAGGAAGCAACAGCAUGUUGAGGAAUUAUGUAGCCAGAGGACUCUGCUGGAGAAUGAGCAGAGUAUUAGUAAGCAGCAAAUUGAAACUCUCUCUGAUGGGCUUGCCAGGCUUUCUGCUGAGAAUGAUGUUCUCAGGGCCCAAUAUGCAGAACUGGCGGAUCGUUUGCAGUCGAUGAAUUCCCUUCUUCUAUUGGUGGCAGAGGUCAAUGGGACUGUGGUGGAUAUCCCUGAAAUUCCAGACGUUUUGCUUGAGCCAUGGCAGCUGCCUUGCCCAACUCUACCCAUUGCUGCAUCCGCUGAUAUGCUCCAGUUUUGAAAUCUUGUGCUUCUAAUGUUGUUAUCAACCAUUCUGCCCUGCCUAGGCAGCUCUUUGUCAUUCUUUUUUUGUGGUUCAUGGUUUUCAGACUGUCGAGUCUUUCAUUGUCAUUAUGCUUUUGUGUCUUAGUAUUACCUUUAAGAUGUCUACUGGUGUGAUGUUCCAGUCUAGGUGUUUUAUGUUGUGCAUAGCUCUUGUUUUCUUGGACCAUCAGAGUUCUUGUAUCAAUUAUGGCUUGUGAUCACCUAUGCAGAUCUGUUGUGAAUUUAAUGUACGCUAGUUUUAUUUGGAAGUUGAAA